GGGGGGGAAAUGGUACGCUGCGCGAAGGAGGUUCGUUAAUAAAUUCCUAAAACCCUAAUACGCAAAAUCAUCAAUAUCCUCCGCCGCUUUCUUCCCGGACGCGGAAAUGACGACCGGCUUGAAGAAGAAUCGGAAGAAGCGCGGCCACGUCAGUGCCGGUCACGGGCGGAUAGGUAAGCACCGGAAGCAUCCCAGCGGUCGCGGUAACGCCGGAGGUAUGCAUCACCACAGAAUCCUCUUCGACAAGUAUCACCCUGGGUAUUUCGGGAAGGUCGGUAUGCGCUAUUUCCAUAAGCUCAGGAACAAGUUUUACUGUCCCACGGUGAACAUUGACAAGAUCUGGUCCCUUCUCCCGCCGGAAGCGAAGGAACAGGCAGCCAAGAGCAAGGGUUCCGCUCCCCUUAUCGACGUCACCCAGUUUGGCUACUUUAAGGUCUUAGGUAAGGGUGUCUUGCCGCCAUCCCAGCCCAUUGUGGUGAAGGCGAAGCUCAUCUCUAAGAUUGCUGAGAGGAAGAUUAAAGAGGCCGGUGGUGCCGUCGUCCUCACAGCAUAAGUUUAUGUCUUUUUCCCGUUUUGUUUCGUUUGAUGCCUUACUGAACUGGUUAAAAUUGACUGUUUUUUAGUUCUGAAUUGUCUAUUUGUUCAUCCUCUAUAUAAUUUGUUUUAUGUGUUUCAAAGACCACUCGAUUUAAGUGGAAGGGUUAAUUGUCUUAGAUUGCGUCCAUUGAAUUCUGAAGUGGCUCGUGAGUUGCUAUGACAUAUUGACUGGGCUAUAAGCUUAGAUACUACUGGGUAAUGUUUUUUGUGAUCACUAUGAAAAACUGCUCGUUUGUCAAUUUGUCAUGGAAGGUUUGAGCUUCUCUUGUGAUCAUAUUCUAGUUUUCCUAUUGAUUUUUUGAAUUUCGUUGGCCGCUCAUUUCCCAGCUAUGAGCUCCACCCCGUUGUUUUCAAUAGUCAUCGUGCUCCAAGAAAGAAGAUGCUAGUUAUUAUUUGCCAAUGGUGUUGUAUUUGCGUUAUACAUCAAUGAAACAGAACGCUAUAAC